AUGCUUCCUGCUACUGCUUCCUCUCACAUCGCCCCCAAGGUCCUGCCUGUCAUCUUGACCGUCGGAGGCGCUACCGUUGCAAGCCGGUCUUUCAUCAACGCGAACCAAUAUCGAGAGCCGGUUCGAGCAAAGCCCUUCCAAAACACCCCGGCUCGACCUCGAUCUCCAUACUUUGAGAAGGUCCUUGAAUCAGUCUUUGCAUAG